AUGGAUCUACCCCCAAAUGGCUUUGAUCUCGAAGAGUUCCAACGACAAUGGGAGCUAGAAGGAAAAAUACUUGAUAGGCAGCAAGAACUUCUUGAAGAAUUGCAAAGGAGAAGCGAACAACCCCAUAAGAGAAAAUCAAUAUAUAGAGAUCACCAUGCUGCUCAUGAGAGGCUCAUGGCCGACUACUUUGUCGAGUCAUGCACCUACACUGACGAACAAUUCCGACGGAGGUAUCGAAUGAAGAGGCCACUUUUUUUGCGGAUUGUGGACUCUAUAUCAAAUUAUGACAACUACUUCAUUCAAAGACGCAAUAAUGCGGGAAAGCUUGGUUUAACGCCGAUCCAAAAGUGUACGGCUUCCAUACGCAUGCUUGCAUAUGGAGUGGCAGCGGAUGCUUGUGAUGAGUACGUGAAGAUAGGGGAAUCCACUGCAAUUGAGUGUACUCGCAAGUUUUGUGAAGGGGUAAUAGCCUGUUUUGGAGAUGAAUACUUAAGACGACCAAAUUUGGAUGACUUGCAGAGGUUGCUCCAAGUUGGCCAUGAUCGUGGUUUUCCUGGGAUGAUUGGAAGUAUCGAUUGCAUGCACUGGCAAUGGAAGAAUUGUCCAAAGGCUUGCUGUGGGGUCUACGCGUACAUCCUCAAAAUUCCUGUAGAACAUUGCGUCCAAAUACUAGGCGAUGGAUAUCUGACAGCAAGGAGAUCACUGACAUGGGCCCUCACCGGAGCAUUAAAUGUUUACCUUCCUAUGGUAGGAUUGGGAUCCUAG